AUGCCACAACCAAUAGAGAACUUCGACUUCAAGUUUAGUCAAUGUUUUGGUGAUAAAUCUGAUAUAAUCACCACAGAGGCUGAUGUUAUAACUGCGGUAGAAUUUGAUCAUUCUGGUGAUUAUUUUGCAACAGGUGAUAAAGGUGGCCGUGUUGUUUUAUUUGAAAGAAAUAAAAUGGCAAAGAAUUGUGAAUAUAAAUUUAUGACUGAGUUUCAAAGUCAUGAUGCUGAAUUUGAUUAUUUGAAAUCUUUAGAGAUUGAAGAGAAAAUUAAUCAAAUCAAAUGGCUGAAACCGGCGCAAAGAGCUCAUUUCUUACUAAGUACUAAUGAUAAAACAAUUAAACUAUGGAAGGUUUAUGAGAAGAAUAUUAUGAUGGUUAGUGAGAAUAAUUUAUCUGAUCAAAUUGUGAGGAAGAAUUCAAAUGGGUCAAGUUCAUCCAUGCAAGCCAUAUUAUCAUUAUCGGAUCUAAAAUUGCCACAAUUGGUUCCACAUGAUAAGAUCAUUGCUGCGACACCGAAAAGAGUGUAUGCUAAUGCACAUACUUAUCAUAUUAAUUCAAUAUCUCCAAAUUCUGAUCAGGAGACAUUCAUCAGUGCCGAUGAUUUAAGGAUCAAUUUAUGGAAUUUAGAUGUACCUGAUCAAAGUUUUAAUAUAGUAGAUAUUAAACCUAUCGAUAUGGAAGAACUUACAGAGGUAAUAACAUGUGCUGAGAAUCAUCCACAAGAUUGUAAUUUAUUUAUGUUCGCAUCAUCAAAGGGGAUAGUAAAAUUGUGUGAUAUGAGGCAAAAUGCUUUAUGUCAUGAUAAUAAUGCAAAAGUAUUUGAAGAAUAUACUGAUCCAAUCAAUCACAAUUUUUUCACGGAAAUUACCUCUUCGAUAUCAGAUGUUAAAUUUAGUCCCAAUGGACGAUAUAUUGCCACGAGAGAUUACCUAACGAUUAAACUUUGGGACAUCAAUAUGGAUAAUAAGCCUUUGAAGACUAUUAACGUACAUGAACAAUUAAAGGACCGUUUGAGUGAUACUUAUGAGAAUGAUGCCAUAUUUGAUAGAUUCGAAGUACAGUUUAGUGGUGAUAGUUCAACGUUAAUGACCGGUUCAUAUAACAACAACUUUAUGAUAUAUCCAAAUGCAACCAUAAAACAUGACAUGGACGUCCAUGGAAUAGUCAAAGAUUUCAAUGGUACACAUGAUGUGACUGGUGGUAAUCUGAUUACAGAUGAUGUGGGAAUUGAAGUAGGGAAUGCCGUUACUCCACCUGAAUUAACCGAUCCACACCAUGAAGGGGGGAACGAAUUGGAUGAAAUUGUAUUACAAGCAAAUAAGACAGCUUUUAGGAAUAAAAGGUAUGGUUCUCUAGCACAAAGAUCGGCAAGAAAUAAAGAAUGGGGUGAUGACAUUGAUUUUAAGAAAAGCAUAUUACAUUUCUCAUGGCAUCCAAAGGAGAAUAGUAUUGCCAUCGCUGCAACAAAUAAUUUAUUCCUAUUUUCUGCAUUGUAA